AUGGAUAGUUCUGGCAAACCCCAGCUAAAUGCAGCUAAUGCAAAAAAAGAUUUGUCCAAAAACCGCUUCACAGAAUUGCCUGAAGAAGUUACUGAAUUUAUUUUUCUAGAAAAAUUACAUUUACAUCAUAACACUAUCAGAGUGAUACCAGAAACCGUAGCAUUACUUCAGUCGCUAAGCUAUCUAGACAUAAGCCACAAUCAAUUGACAGAACUACCUCGAGAAAUUUGUCGUCUACCUCUUCAAACUCUUUUGAUUGCCUAUAAUAGACUUGUUUUAUUACCAGAAGAAUUAGGGAGAAUGUCAAUUUUGUCGGAAUUAGAUGUCGGGUGCAACGAAAUAACAAGUUUACCAUCUCGAAUAGGUGAUUUACCUCGUAUAAGAAGUCUUGAUCUGAGAAGUAAUUUCUUGGAACAAAUACCUAUAGAACUUACGUACUUGAAACUUAUUAAACUAGAUAUCAGUGGUAACAGAAUAUCAUUUUUACCUAAUGAAUUGAGAAAAAUGAAGACUUUAGUCGAGCUCAAACUUUUGGAUAAUCCUUUAACUUCGCCACCCGCUGCGGUGAGCAGGUUAUUUGUGUUCAUAGAUGGUAACAUUUGCAAAAGAUAUUCAAAAAAAAUGGGAAACCAAAUAAUGAGUAAUGUACCUAAUGGCAGAUACUUACCUGCCGCUGUCAUUUUAAACACCAGUGUUAAGUAUUCCGUCCCGUUUGUUGUUAGACUGUCGAAGACAAGAGAUGGCAGUUCUUAA